AUGGUAACACAGGUCCACAAAAAGAAAAAAGUAUCCCGAGCAGAUCCCCAGACAGACAAAAGAGGUGAAAUUCUAACUGAAUGGAUAGCUCAACACGAUUUCAUUAUAAGUAAUGUUGGAGAGGAACCAACAUUUGAACGGUUAAACUAUGAUUCGAUUCUUGACCUAACAUUCGCCACGGCAAACAUUGGAAGGAAGAUUGCGGAUUGGGAAGUAUCCAAAAGAGAGACCCUUAGCGAUCACAAUUAUAUCACCUUCACGAUAGAAGACCAACCCCGUUGUAAUAGAAGAACAAAAACAACUAAAGUUUGGAAUCCUAAGAAGAUUGAUAUAGAAAAAACACAGAAAGCCCUAAAAGAGGUAGUGAUAAACGACACUACGACAUCGGCUGAAGAAUUCUCAAAUAAAAUGAGAAAUGUUUGUGACGCUUGCAUGCCAAAAUCUAAAUCAGUUAAGUGGGGACAGCCUAUGUACUUGUGGAACCAGGAAAUAGCUGCUAUUCGAGAAAUCUGCAUCCAUAUUAGAAGAAAAUAUACGAGAGCCGCAAAAAAAGGAGGCUGGUCUAUAAUCUGUGACGAAGUGGAUAGGAAUGUUUGGGGAAAGGGAUACCAAAUAGUCAAGAAAAGACUUCAGGGUUACCCACCUAAACCUCAGCUAACCAUGACCGCCACAGAAGAGGUAAUAAGACACCUCUUUCCAAUACAUGACCUGGUACACUUCGAGCACGCAGGUCCCUCAGAAUUUCCAUUGUUCACGAAAGAAGAGCUCUGGUCGGCAAGCAGGAAAAUGAAAUGCAAUAAAGCACCAGGUCCAGGAAAUGUUCCAACGGAAAUUAUAAAGCAGGCUGCGGAAUUUCGACCGGAAUAUGUGAUAAGUGUGUACAACAGGCUUGCACACGGAUUCAGAGAGGGUCGUCAGACUGUGGACGCUAUCAAAGAGAUCGUGAGAAUAGCGGACGAGGCAGCUGCCUACUCGAAACAAUGCCGACAUAUGUGUGCCCUAAUAACACUAGACGUCAAAAAUGCCUUUAACAGUGCCUCGUGGCAAGUUAUCCUGGAAAGCCUACGAAAAAGAGGUAUAGAGGAAAACCUCAUAGAUUUGGUAGCUUCAUAUCUCUCUGACCGGGUUUUGAUAUUCGACGCUGAGGACAAGAUCAGGGCCAGAGACGUAAACAGUGGCGUCCCACAAGGUUUAGUUCUAGGCCCAACCCUCUGGAAUACCCAAUACGACGAUCUCUUAAGACUUGAACUUCCAAAAGGAGUCGUACUGGUCGGAUUCGCUGAUGAUAUUGCUAUGUGUAUAAUACACUUACGUUGCGUAUCCUUCAUAAAUCGAGCAUAG